AAUCCCCCCAAAAAACCCGACUCUGUUGUCAGCUUAUUCCGAAACUGCGGUUUCAGCGAUACCCACAUCAAGAGUCUCGUUUCUUUACUGCCCACGUUGCUUUCCGCCCAUGUCGAGAAAACCCUUCUGCCGAAAAUCAGAAUUUUGCAAGAAAUAGGUCUAACAGGGCCUGUCCUGGCGAAAGUUUUAGUUGUGAAUCCGACACUUCUGACCGUAAGCGCUGAAAACAAGCUUUUGCCUUCACUUAAUUUCCUUCGAACUCUCAUCUGGAAUGACGGAGACGUCGCAACAGUCCUCAAGAGAUCCAGAUGGCUCUUUAACGCGGGCGAUGUCCAGAAACAAAUGCAGCCCAACAUCUCGACUCUACAGAAAUACGGUGUGGCUGACGAAAGAAUCAAGAAGCUCGUCGUACAAAGCCCUAGAUACCUCUUGCGGAAGCCCAUUUGGCUUGAGCACAACUCAGACCGAGUUGAACUCGAAUUCGGGAUCCCCCGUGGUUCAGGGAUGUUUGCUUAUGGAGUUGAUGUGCUGUGCUCUCUCAGUAAGACAACAUUGGAGAAGAAGUUCCAGAUCUUUGCAAGCUUUGGAUGGUUAGAAUCCGAUACAAAGACUGCCUUCCGGAACCUUCCUUACUGUUUGGCAUUGUCGGAGGGGAAGAUCCGGCGUGGGUUGAAUUUCUGGAUGAAGGUGCUGAAGUACGAGCCUUCUUUCAUUGCUCGCUGUCCGAGGCUUCUGAUGUUCAAUUUGGAGACCCGGAUUGUUCCGCGGCAUUUAGUUUUUGAGGCACUGAAGUCGAAGAACUUGAUCAAGAAUCCGAAAAAUCCGAGUCUACAUAAAAUCGUUUGCUUGCGGGAGCAUCGGUUUUUGGAGGAUUAUGUGCUUUGGUACAUUUCUACUCCAAAGGAUAAAGAAGAAUGGAAAUCAGGAAGUGCUAAGGGCAUGUGCUGAUACAUGGAAUCCAAGGGAAAAGAAAGGAAGUUGAGAAGAUUUUCUGUUGAUUUGACACUUGGGGGAUGUUUAGAUAACAAAGAAAAGGAAGGAUUCUAUGUAGCAAUCAGUGUACUUUUCCACAGUAGCACAAGAAACUAAGGCCAUGUUUGUUUUGCGAGUUACGCCAGUAAAUCCUGCAAAUAUCGGAAUUAGUACUCUCAUGCAUUUGGAGAGAGAAGGAUAUGCAGUAGUCAAAUGCAGCCAUUUUCAUCUGACACUGCUUCAGUGAAAUUCGAUAUAUCCAAGGCCUUCAUUGCAUAUUUACCACACAGAGCGACUUGACUUCUCGAGAUAGCAGAGUUGCUGACCGUCGCAAGGACCUGAAGAUUGUCCUUACGGUCUCCUUGCAUCCCAAUCGGAUAUUUGGGGGGG